AUGGGCGAAAGGCGAGAAAAAGAUGAAAAACAACGUCUUCUUCGCGAAGCAGAGGAAGAAGCUCAAGAAAAGAAAGAGAAUGAGAAGAAGGAGGUGGAUGAACUGAGAAUUCGAGUAGUCCAGAUGAAUGCGGAAUCACAGAAACUUAAAAAGGAAGUUAUUGAAUUGACUCGAAUGGUGGAUGUGUCCAAUCAUCUUCUACAGCUGUCCAGAAAAAAAGUUGAGGGGCUAGAAGCCAAUAAUGAAGAGUUGAAGUCAGAUUUGGCAAGAGGAAAGAACCAUGUAGACGAGCUGAACUUGAUUAUCAGAACACUCAAACAGGACGAUAGGUCAAGUCUCGAGAGUACAGUAGCAGCUCAAAAAGUGAAAAUUGAAGAGAAAGAUGAGAAGAUACAAGAUUUAAUCAAGGUAUCCCCAACUGGUGGGUCUCGACUGAAGCCAUUUGGAGAAUUAACAACCAAAGAAGCGAUAAGAUCUCGAUGUCUAAAAUUGAUUAAAUGCAUGGUCCAACUAGUUGGAAACGACAAGGACACUUUGAACUCCUUCAUUUUUCAUUUUGUGAAAUUUCUCUCCAAGUCAUCUGAAUACGAGUUUUGCUUAAACUUCAGCGAAUGGGAUUCGUUCUACGCAACAAUCCGAUGGAACCUUUCCAAUGGAUUCCUCAGAGAAUUCCAGCAAUUCUGCAAAUCGAGAUUGGCGUUUGGUGUUUUCAAUAGCCUCCACAAAACAAGAGAGAUGAGAAAGUGCAACACCGUAGAAGAAGAUUACUGUAUCCAAGUUAAGACGACUAUAAAAACAACUCGAUCUGAGAAAGAAGUCUCGACAUCGACUGCUGUAGUUACUGCAAGAAACAUUGCUCAAUUGGUUUCUCGGAGACUCGAAGAUCUGGCAACCAGUGGUAGACUGAGAGUGGAUGACCGUGGAAUUGUUCUGGGUUUUGGAGGCGACAAAGGUGCUGACACCACAAAAUUGUCGAUCGUUUUCGAAAAUGUGGAGAACAGCAACGAUCCACAUGGAAUCCUUCUUAUUGGUCUCUAUACCGGGGCUGAUAAUUAUUCCAAUUUGAAAGCCAACUUCGAAAGCCUUUUUCAUCAAAUCAACAAUCUGAAAACUGUUACAUAUAAGGUUGGUGAUUUUGAAGUGACUGAGAAUGUUACAAUCAUCCCAGUGGGUGAUUGCAAAUUCAUUUCGGCUCUUUACAAUCAUUCUGGACAGUCUUCAAGUGAGCCGUGUUUCCGAUGUCACAAAAGAUGGAUCAAUCACGGAAACAACAAGGCCACCAUUGGAACAUUUGAUUUUGAAGAAACUGGCCAAUUGAGAACCAUUCAGAAGAUGAAAGAAGAAGGUCUAGACCCUUUACUUCUUGUCGAACCUUCUCAUGCUUCUCCACCAGGAUUGCACGUCUUCAUUGGUAUCAACCAAAAAUAUUUCAUCGAAUAUUUUAUCGCUCUUGCUGUAACUCUCGAUUUCAAGAACGACCAACUUCCAAUCAAUUUGAAGCAACAGAAGAAACAUCUGAAAACCCUCGCCCAAGAAGCCAAAGAAUACCGUCGUCAGAUGGGAACUGUCCGGUGUACUAUGGAAAGGAUCGAAUCAGUGGCAGCUGUCCUUCCGUAUAAUUCAUUGAACCAGAAUCCCCUCCCGUCUCCAUUGGCAUGCUCAUCAGAUCAUUGCAUUGCUCGUUCCGGAUCCAUCAAGAAUUUGGAAACUUUCAAAUGUCGCUGCCGGAAAGUAUUUCAUCAUUUGUGUGAAUUGAAUAUGGACGCGGAUGACGUUCACAAGAAAGAUUCUGAUUUGUCUUGUCUUGAAUGUUUUUAUGGAGCUCCAGUUGAUUUGGGUGAAAGAAUCACAAUUCUCAACGAGAAGAAAGCAGCAGCUGAAAACGAAUAUCUCAAUGUUUCGGAUGCAUUCACCGAAGUCGUUGAAGAACAAUUGAAUUUAGAAGCACUUCUUGAGAAAUCGGCUGGAGAAACUAGAAGACGUAUGGAAGCACUUCUCAUUUCAAUUGGCUGUGACUAUCGAAUAUGGUAUCAAGAAAUGAACGGGAAUCAGACCAGGACUAUUUUGAGGCCAGAAAAUAUUGAUAAGAUCGUGCAUCUGUUUCAGUCAAUUAUGGAGGAGCGUGGAAUGGAUACGGAGGAGCUUCAUUUGAUGGGAUGUGCAAUGAAGGAUCUUGGAUUUUUGAUGUCUCAGGCUGAUAACUCCCAUAAAUCGGAUGAGGAAAUUGAUGUUAUCGAAAAAGUCGUUGCCCGGUUCGUUGCUCAAAUCCGAAUCCUGUUCAUUGUCUUAUGA